UUAAUACAGACGAUGUGGAAGUGUCAAAACGGUUUGGCAUCGAUUACCACGAGUUACCCACAUUGGUUUACUUUGAGAAUAAGAUUCCAAAUUUUUACCAAGGUGAUUUGAUGGUCGAGGAGGAAGUGCUCAAAUGGCUGAUCCAUCAGAAGAGCGCCGACGAAAUCGAGGACGUGUCGGACGUAGUGUUGGACAAUAUGAUCGACUCGUCCAGCUUUUUGGCCGUAUUAUUCUACGAUAGGGACGAUCCGAAAUCGCAGGAAGUGCUGAAGGAAUUGGAGAACAUCGACGACGAGUGCGACGAGAAGGGCAUACUAUUCGUGAAGAUCGACGACGACUCGGUGGCCAAAGGGUACGGCAUCGACGACGAGUUGCCCACCCUGGUCUACUUUGAGAACCGCAUCCCCUCGGUGUACCAAGGUGAUCUCACCAAUGAGGACCGGGUGCUCGAGUGGCUCGUCCGACAGACACAGACCGACGAGAUCGAGGAGGUGUCCCACGAAAUGCUCGACUCACUCAUCGAAAGGCAUAAUUAUGUCGCUGUUUUGAUGUAUAAACCGAAGGACAAGAAUAGCGAUAAAUUGUUAAAAGAGCUUGAGCAUAUCGACGACGACUGCGACGAGAAGGGCAUUGUCUUCCUGAAGACCGACGACAAGGAGGCGGCCGACAAGUAUGGCAUCAAAAAACUGCCGGCAAUACUAUUCUUCCGCUUUCAAGUGCCCACACAAUACCCCCCGUCGGCCGACAUCAUGAACGAGGAGGCAGUGCUCAAGUGGUUUGUCGGCCAACAGGAGACCGAAGAGAUAGAGCCCGUCAACUCACGUACCCUCCGGUCACUGGUGGACAACUCCCCGUCGGUGGCCGUACUCUUCUACGACCCGUCCGGCAAGACCUCUAGCGCUGUGCUGAAAGACCUGGAGGAGAUCGACGACGACGCCGACCGAUACGACAUACCAUUCGUAAAGUGCGACGACUUGGCGGUGGCCAAGGAGUUCGGGUUGGCCGACGAGUUGCCCCGAUUGGUAUACUUCGAGAACCGGUUGCCCACCGUCUACGAGGAGGACCUGACCGACGAGCAGCGAGUGCUCGAGUGGCUCAUCAAACAGAAAACGGAGGACACCGUCGAAGAGGUGACCGACGAGAUACUCGAGGAACUGAUCCGCGAACGGGAGUACGUGUUGGUGUGGUUCGCGCCCGACUCGUGCAAAGAGUGCGCCGAUAUAUUGCAUCGGGUGUUGGAGACCAUCGAUGACGAUACCGACGAACACGGGAUACUACUGGUCACCACCGAUGACCAGGGAAUUGCCAAAUCCCGGGCCAAAGUGACCAAAUUUCCAGCUUUAGUGCUGUUCCGCAACGGAGAGCCCGUCACAUAUAGGGGUGAUAUGAAGAAACCCGAGGCCAUACUCAAGUGGGUCACAGCCGAGGAGACACUGGACUCGCCCGACACCAUAGAAGUGGUGAACGCGCGGAUGUUGGCCAAGAUGUUAGAGUCGAGUCCGUAUGUGGCGGUGCUCUUCACGAAAGACCGGUGCGGCGAAUGCGAUAAAGUGCUCGUCGAGUUGGAACGAAUCGACCACUUGGCCGAGAAGGAGGACAUUGACUUUGUGAAGGUGAGGGACCCGGCGGUGGCCGUCGAGUACAACGUGGAGGCCUUCCCGGCGCUGAUGUACGUCAGGCAUCGGUUUCCCCAGUUCUACGAGGGAUCGCUCCGGGAUGAGGACGCAGUGCUCCAGUGGCUCAUCGAUAAUAAGGUGGCCAAAGAGGACGUGAUAGAGCCCGUGGAUAGACGGAUGCUGGAGGUGCUGAUGGGCGACGUCGAGCAUCUGGUCGUGUUUUUCUAUGAUGGAGACGACUGU